GCCCACUCUCCCUCCUACAACCGCAGCGCAGGCGCUCCUCGCGCUGCCUCCCCCAUUCCCUUCCCUGCAGACCGUGCCCUCUCACCUUUACCCCCUUCUCGCCACCACACCAACGCGUCCAUGUCGACCCUCUCCGGCUCCCCCGCGGACACCCGCAAGAAGCAGAACAGGAGAGAUGAGGUGCGUGUCAGCUGUCCAACUGGUCUGCACCUCCCUUCAGAAAGCCCGGCUGUGUGGUCCAAGUGUGCCAAGUGUCUAGCGGAACACGUUGCACGAAACGAGCGGAGGCUGCCAGUCCGUUCGCCUGAUGCCCAAAUGGUGUUCAGUUUAUAUACACACGACGCGCUUUGCGACUCGUCCCGGCCACGGGACGUUUCCCCUUCCUUCCUAGCGCGGUCGCACUCCGCGGAGAGCCCGCUUCGAAUGCUGUCACACCUAAUGCGCCGGGCGGAAUACACGUGUCCGCGGCGCGAUGUCCUUCACGCCCACCUCUCCCUCCCCGCUCGCGCCCGAGCGCGGCGCGGGCCCCCCGCACUCGCCCUCGAAACGCCGCAUCCAGGCGACCCGUGCUGACGGCCCGUAUGUGCAGGCGAUCCGCAAGAAGAUCGAGGGCGAGCUCUCGCGUAAGCGCACGAUCUCGACCACGCAGAUGCAGGGCGGCGGCGGUGGGGGCCGCCGCCGCAAGGACAAGCCAAACGUGCAGAAGGGCACCGUCGCGGCGCUGAAGCCGAGCCCUGCACUCACCGUGCCGGAGAACAUUACCGUGUCGGAGGCGAGCCAGCUGUGCGCGGCGAAGCGGACUGACUGUGUGCUGGUCGUGGACGACGAUGAAGGCCUCAGCGGUAUCUUCACCGCGAAGGAUCUGGCGUACAGGGUGUCGGCGGAGGGCUUGGACCCGCACAUUACCCCGGUCAGCACCAUCAUGACCCGCAACCCGAUGGUCACUCGGGAUACGACGAGCGCCACGGAGGCACUCCAGUUGAUGGUCACGAAGCAUUUCAGGCACUUGCCCGUCUGUAAUGAAGAGGGCAACGUUGUCGGGCUUCUUGAUAUCACCAAGGUUUUCCAUGAGGCACUCGACAAGGUCGAGCGUAGCUCCUCCGCGUCCGAGAAGCUCUACAGCGCCCUCGCAGGUGUCCAGUCCGAGCUCGGCUCGGGUCUGGGCGCGAACCCGCAGGCGGCGGCGAUGCUGUCCUACGUAGAGGCGCUCCGCGAGAAGACGGCGCUGCCGGACCUUACGACGAUUAUGGACUCACGCACGCAGCCCGCGACCGUUGGCCCGAAGACAACAGUGCGGGAGGUCGCGAAGCUCAUGAAGGAGCGCCGCACGACGGCCGUCUGCGUUAUGGAGCCCGCUGCACCUGGCCAGCCUGGCGCGGCGAAGAUCGCGGGUAUCUUCACGAGCAAGGACAUUGUGCUGCGCGUUAUUGCGGCGGGCUUGGAUGCGACGCGGUGUAGCGUCGUCCGCGUGAUGACGCCGCACCCGGACACUGCGCCGCCCACCCUCACGAUUCACGAUGCGCUGAAGAAAAUGCACAAUGGACAUUACCUCAAUCUGCCCGUCGUUGAGGCCGAUGGCCGUCUGGUCGCCAUCGUGGAUGUCCUUAAACUGACCUACGCUACUUUGGAGCAGAUGAACGCCAUGAGCACCGAGGCCCCUGGAGAAGCUGAGGCGGAAGGUGGCCCGAUGUGGGGUCGCUUCUUCGACUCGCUCGGCGCGAACGAGGACACCGAGUCGAUGCUCUCCGGCUCCCACUACCCGACGACGGACACCCACUCCCACCAGCGCCGCUUCUCCCGGAGCCAGUCGCACCUGGUCGCGUCUCCUCACUCGGAGGUGCACCCGAACGACUCGGCGUCCGUCGUCGACGACGACCAGGAGUCCGCGCUCGCCGGGUACCCCAAGAACGGGGAGCAGCACCCGUCCGUGCUGGGGCCGCCCGUGCCGAUCCCGCCCGUGGACGACGGCACGUACGUGUUCAAGUUCCGCACGCCGAGCGGGCGCACGCACCGCUUCCAGGCGCGCCACGACAACGUCGAGCACAUGCGCGAGAUCGUGUCCGGGAAGCUCGCGACGGACCCGUUCUUCACGGGCUACAAGACCGCGGACCCGUCGGAGCCGCCCCCGGACCCGACGGACUUCACGCUCUCGUACACGGACGAGGACGGGGACAUCGUGCUGAUCACGUCGGACUCGGACGUCUCCGACGCAGUCAAGAUCGCGCGCGCGGCGAAGAUCGACCGUGUCGUGCUGUUCAUCCAGGGUGGGCGUGGGUGGUCGGACGUCAUGGCGGAGAAGAGCGCCGCGCAGGCGGAGGCGGUCGCGGCUGCCGCUGCGCAGGACAUGAAGGACAUGAAGGAGGUCGAGAAGGUCGAGGCGGUCGUCGCGGCUCCUCCUCCGCCCAUUGCGCUGCCGAGCCCGUACGCGCCGCCGCCGUAUGCGCCUCCGCCGCCUGUGGAGCCGGAGCUGGUGAUGGGCAUCCCGAAGGACCUGCUGCUGCCGGCGAGCAUUGGUGCGCUCGCGGCGGUCAUCCUCGGUGUGUUCACGAUCUCGCGUCUCACAAGAUAGAACCUGGUGGAAAUGCUGCGUUUGUGUUUCGUGGAUGGGUGGGCGGAAUAGGCGAAUUGCGCCUUUUUUAGUAUCUUGACUCCCCGAUACCUUAGUUUGGAUCCCCGUAACCUAUCGCAUGCUACAUAUAUGAGAUGAGAUGGAUAGUCUCUGUCCUACUGUUCUGUUGACGACCUGUUCACGCGUAACGACGUAGAAAUGCUAGACACGACUUGUGGUGGCUGAACCAAG